UGCAGUAAGGCUAUUUCUGUAGUUAUAGAAAAGACCAACCUUCUCAAGCCAGUUCGGGACCAGUAGGGAAAACAUCAUGACCAUUAUGGUGCUUCGCUGUGUCUCUUUGGACACCAAAUUGCAGUUAGUGCCAAAGCUUCAGCGAUUGAACGCGUCACUGCAUAAAAAUUACACUUGUCACUUUCACUUUCACUUCAGCCACCCACCCACGUACUUUCCUCCAAAAAUUUACAAACUUUACCAACCGAAAAAACCGAAAAACUUCAAAAAAUUUUCCAUUGAUGAAGCUCAGAUAAGAUCAUCACCUACUGCAAAUCCAUCUACUUUCUCAAAGAAACAAGUCCUUUUCAUUACUUCCCUUAUUGUCCUUUGGUACUCCUCCAACGUUGGUGUUUUGCUUCUUAACAAGUUCUUGCUUUCUAACUAUGGAUUCAGGUUCCCAAUCUUCCUCACCAUGUGCCACAUGUCUGCUUGUGCCAUUCUUAGUUAUUUAUCCAUUGUUUUCUUCAAGGUGGUUCCUCUUCAGCUUGUCAAAUCUAGGCAUCAGUUCUUCAAGAUUGCAACUUUGAGUGUUGUCUUUUGUGCGUCUGUUGUAGGUGGCAACAUUUCGCUCAGGUAUUUGCCUGUUUCCUUUAAUCAGGCUGUUGGUGCUACGGCGCCGUUUUUCACUGCGGUUUUUGCCUAUUUGAUGACCCUCAAGAGGGAGGCUUGGUUUACAUAUGCUGCUCUUGUGCCUGUUGUUGCUGGUGCUGUCAUUGCUAGUGGGGGUGAGCCAGGUUUUCACUUGUAUGGAUUUAUUGUGUGCAUAAGUGCAACUGCUGCAAGGGCCUUUAAAUCUGUUCUUCAGGGCAUCCUGCUUUCUUCUGAGGGAGAAAAGUUGAACUCGAUGAAUUUGCUGCUGCAUAUGUCCCCUAUUGCAGCUUUAGUAUUGUUGCCUGCAGCACUUGUAAUGGAGCCCAAUGUGCUAGAAGUCAUUUUAUCUCUUGGAAGGCAACAUAAAUAUAUGUGGUUACUGCUGAUUCUUAAUUCAACGAUGGCUUACUCAACUAACCUGUCAAACUUCUUGGUCACUAAGCAUACAAGUGCACUAACACUCCAGGUGUUAGGCAAUGCAAAAGGUGCUGUGGCUGUCGUUAGCUCAAUCUUCAUCUUCAGGAAUCCUGUAACCUUGGCGGGCAUUGCCGGUUACACAAUGAGUGUUGCUGGCGUAGCCGCAUAUGGAGAAGCAAAGAGAAGGCUUAGAUGAAUGGAUUUAUAGCUCUUUCAUUUUAUUUAUUUAUUUUUGUUUCUACAGAGUCUAGUGAAGCUGUGUGAGCCAGAUUAUCAUAUUUUUAAUUUUGUAGGAGAGAGAAAACGGUCAAAAUUAGUAGGGAUUUUUUUUUUCUUUUUAAGUUUCAACUUGUAGAAAUAAAUUAAAUUUUAAUUUUCCCUUCUUAUGUAAACAACUUAAUUAAAUUUUAUUUUCAUCCA